CUCCUUGCUACCUUCCUUACGUUUUUCCCGCAACAAACAAGUGUUUAUGUCCGUUGGAGCACGACAGGACUUUUGUUUGCAGUCAAAAUGCCGAAACGAGCUUGUCCUUUUCCGGAAACCUUCUCCUCCCAAUACAAAAUACAUAUCGGACAACAAGAGCUGAAUAAUUACGGCGUGUUUGGAAACAAAUACAGGCAAGAAAUCCACGAAAAGACAAAGAACUUGCUCUUCAACGGUGCCAAGGCUGUGAUGGGCAAAAUAUGGACUGGAGAGGAGAGGUGCGCCCACCCGCAGCCCACAGGACAAGCUGAGACACCUGCAUGCAGCCAGGCGCUGCUGAGAGGACAGACACUGAUUGGACAUGAUGGGAGACUGACAAGAGCAAACGCUGCACAAGGUGCGGCAGUGGCUCCUACAAGCUGCUGUGUGUGUCAGAAGACCCAGGGGUCCAGGACACCAUGCUCCCAAUGUGACCGUCUAGCCUGUUCCUCCUGUACACGGCAGUGCUCCUGCUGCUCCAGCCUCUGCUGCUCUGUCUGCACCAUCAUAGAUUACAGCGGGCGAUAUGAUGAAGUACUUUGCUGCAAUUGCUCGACGUAAAGGAGGGAUCAGGAGUUUGUUUGAACACACAUGAGAUAUUAUUAAGACUGAAUUUUAUGCCUGUGAUUUUUUUUUUUUUUUUUUUUUUUUUAAUGUGAUCUAAAUGUUUUCUUGUAUAUAUGUACUGCAUUCCAAAAGUAACUGAAAUAAACUUGAACACUUUUGUAUACAGUUA